CGUUAAACACAUGUACGAAGCUGUGGAGCACCGUGGAGUAACAAGUAGUUUAAUUCGCUCAGUGAGUUAAGUCAAAGAAUGGAAAAUAAAAUCGGUAGAAUUGAUAUCGGAUUUAUAGAAGACUGCGAAGAAUGGAGAUUGGCGAGUAGAUUCUUUCCUAGUAAAGUGGGGGGUAAACCUGCGUGGCUAAAUUUGAAAGAUAUUCCUCGUAAGGAGGAUGUUGAGUGUCAAUUUUGCAAACAGCCAUGCAUAUUUUUAUGCCAAAUCUAUGCACCAUACGAAAAUAAUGCAAAGGCCUUCCAUAGGACAAUAUUUAUUUUCAUCUGCAGAAACCCGAAAUGUUGUAAACCAAAUAAUAACAGUAAUUUAAAAGUCUUUCGUUCGCAACUAGAAAAAGAUAACAAGUUUUAUCCAUCCAACCCGCCAAUUGAAUCCGAAGAGUGGAGACCAGACAUAACCACAGAGACUUGGACAAAAUCAUGUUAUGUAUGCGGACUCAAUGCACCUAGUCACUGUUCCAAAUGCAAAAAAGUAAAUUACUGUUCUCGUGAACAUCAAGUUUAUGACUGGACACAUGGCCAUAAGAUUUAUUGUGGAAUGAGUUGGGAUGCGGCAAAAUCUAAUUUGUUACUACCUGAGUAUGAAAUCAUUGUUGAAACAGAGGAAAACGAUGAUCAACUUUCAGGAAGUGAAAAUGUGGUUGAUGAAAAUCAAGAAAUAAUAGAAUAUGAAAAAUUAAUAGUUCAUAAUGAGGCAGGCACGCUUCAAAAUGAAGAUAAUGUUGAUGCUGACUUACUGAAAAUGUCUGCAGCAAAUGAAGAUGAAGUUUUUUUCGAAUUUACCACUACAGUAAAGAAAUAUCCAGAUCAAAUCUUGAGGUAUGAGAGGGGUGGUAAUGUCUUGUAUAUAUCGUCUGAAAAUCAAGUUCAAGAAAUUCCAGAUUGUCGAGAAUGUGGUAGCAAAAGGCAAUUUGAGUUUCAGAUUAUGCCACAGCUCUUGAAUUACCUUCAAUUUGAGGAUACGCUGGAAAGUCUGGAUUGGGGAAUAUUGGCUAUCUUUACAUGUAAAAACUCAUGUGAAACAGCGAACGGUUACGUCACAGAAUAUGUGUGGAAACAAGAUAUUGUAGAUGCAGAGAAUAAAGAAAGUUUAUGAUAA